CCCCCCCUCAGCGCCCAGCGCCCAGACUCUACCAGCUACACACAAGGGCAUCAUGUCAACUAUGCGAACACCCGUGCCUCCAUCCGGUUAGGAUUAUGUUGAAUCAUUUUGGCUCUUUUCUCCCGAGCUCUUUAUCGCAGACCACCCCGACAUGAAUAAGUUCGGCACAGAAGCUAACCGGCCUGUUCCACCUAUAGAAAACCUUUAACCACUAGCUAACGAAUACGCAUUUGGUGAGCUGUCACUCAAGAGGGGCAGCGAUGAUUCGCCCCCCACCAGCACCGAGGUGGCUUCAACGACCCCUGCGGCCGAUGAGAGCCAGUGACGGUGCCGCAGCCCGUCCGUGAAGGCAUGACCGAGAGCUGUCGUCAGUUUUACAUGCAGCAGGAAGGCGAGUUCUGCUACGACAUGGCCGUCAAGAACGGCGUGUCUCUCGAUGACUUUUACGCGUGGAAUCCCGCGGUCGGCGACGGCUGCGCUAAUAUGUGGCCAGGGUACUAUUACUGCGUAGGAGUGUCGGGACCGGCGGCAACUAUGGACCGACGAAGCGAUGCGAUACCAACCUUGUGAAUGCCAUAGCUAUGAAGUGCAGUUGAACCAGAUUUUUAUACUUCCUCCGCGCAAGCCCGGCGGAAGCCUCGUUAGGCCCAACCCCCGCCCUAACCACUGGUUGCU